UGUAUUUACAAAAUUAACUUCCGUAUUAGCAAAAUGUGUCAUAUUUUGUCGAAAAUAUUACUAUUUAACUUUAUUUGUCAAUAUCUUUCACUAUCAGACGUGACAGACAAAAUAUUUGGUCAUACACCUAGCGGAUACAUCGCGGCGUUUGGUGAUUUCGACGCUGACAAGCACACAGACAUAUUUGUUAUUUCGGAUAAAGGUUCAUAUGUGUCUGUGUACCUGGCAGAUAGUGAGAAAAAGUAUGAGUAUAAGAAACUGAUGGAUAAUUCUACAUUGGAGGAACAUGCUACAAUAUCCAGCGUAGUUCCUGCAGACUUUGAUGGUGACCUGCAGAUGGACCUCCUGAUCACUUCAACAAUUCCUGGAAAAGAAAACAGCGCUGUUACUUGUAGGAUUUACUGGGGUGAUGAAGGAAACUUAGACACAGAAAAUUACCUUGCAUUACCAAAGAUGGUCGACCAGCCUUUGGUUUUUGAUUAUAAUGCAGACAUGAUACCAGACCUCUUGGGAGAGGUAGAGAAAGGAAAGAGAAUGAUUUGGGUAUUGAGUGUUGGUAGAAACUACUCAGAGGAAGUGUUGAAAGUUCCGUCAGGCCUUGCUCAGUUUGCCCCCCUGAGAAUACCACAGACCAGUGCCUUUGUAGACCUUAACAACGAUCUCACUCCUGAUUUAUGCAUCGUGUCUGAGAACGACAGUGUGCCACAACUAGAGUAUUGGAUCAACAAGGAUGGUGUUUUGACAUGGAACGGAACAACUUUACCAGUAACAUUUGAAAAACAACUGAAAGUAUUUGGCCAGAUUUCUUUCCAAGAUUUAGAUGGAGAUUUAACAGUUGACCCGUUCUUACCAGGCUGUUUAGACGAUGUGUGUGCUCAGAGUGUCCUGCUUGUCUACAAUGGCAAUAAGUGGGUGAACCUUCCUGUGAACUAUGACAAUGGAGCUGUCAAAUGGAGCUUCAUCCCCAGCCAGCCUUCUGGUCUCCUGCGCCUCCCCCCAACCCUGAGGGUGGGGGACUUCAACCUGGAUAGUCACCCUGAUCUUCUGGUUGUAGUGGGCAAUGCCGCUGGAAACCUACAUCGGGCUGUGCUCAUGUUCAACAAGGAAUGUACGAGUAACUGUGGGGAGUUUUCCCGUACAUUUGAGAUCAACUGGAACACAUGGAUUGAAGGACACGACUCGAGAUCUCUCCUACCUGCCUUCUACGAUCUCCGAGACAAUGGGAUCCUUGACAUUGUUCACACCAGUUUGAACUCAGAGGGUCAGCCUGUGAUUGGUGCUACUGAACAUGACUUUGUUGAUGAUGCCUGCUUCAUGAAGGUCACAGUUGUCAGUGGUAGAUGUAACUAUGAUUGCCCAGGUAAUAGAAAGCCCUAUGGUGUGAACCAGCCCGGCCCUACCAUACGUUACAAAACUAUAGAUGUGAAGGGUAAAAAUCAGGAGAAAGUUGCCUACCAGUUAUCCCAGUCCGCAUACCUCCCUUUACAACUGCCAUACAACGUGUUUGGUCUGGGACAGGCACCAAACUUUGUGGACUCCUUGCAAGUUGGCAUUGCCACAAACACUACAAAGCAGCUCAAUCAUGAAUUCCAGUCGGUGAUUCCCAACUCUCAGCUUGUGAUCAUUCCAUACCCCAUACAGGACCCUUCAAAAUGGAGCAGUAAGCUGUUUGUAAUGCCAAGUCGUCUCAUGUUGCUCACUGGGGCAGCACUGCUGGGUACGUGUGGCUUCAUAGCUGGCAUUGUUGCUAUACUCCACUGGAGGGAUCGCGUUGAAGACAGAAAAGAGAAGCGCCAAGAAGCACAGAAAUUCCACUUUGAUGCCAUGUGAUGUACACAGUGAUAUUUAGAUCUGAACUGUUCACGAAUAUUUGUAAAUAACUUCAUGUUUUACCAUUGAUUAUGCCAAAUGGUGUGAUUACCUUAUAAUUAUCAUUCUGUUAAAAAAUAUACUAUCGUUAUGUCCAUUUAUUUAUUUAUUAUGAUCAACAUUUUGUUUGCAUGUAUGUAAAUGAAUGAUAAUAAUAAUAAUGUUAUAUGCUUAUAA